AUGGCACCACUUUUACAACCUCUCAAGGCGCCCGUCGCUAUCCGCCCAGAGCAUGUCGCGACUGCGCCAACCCGACUUCGCGUGAAGCAGCACACCAAAAGCUGGUCGGGAGGGGACUUCACCAUCUUCGCCAGUCCAGAUACCGAUACCGAAAGUGGAGAGUCCAGCCAGGCAAACCCAACAGAACUCUUCAAAGUCGACGGCGACGUCGUAUCCUGGAGCGAGCGAAAGUUCUUCCGUGACGCUUCGGGCCUUCCUCUUUUCGAGCUCCACCGCAAAAAGUCCGGGGUGACAUGGUUCGUCAGCUUACCGGGCGCGGAUGAUAGAUCUAUUGCGACGUGCGCCCCCCAGUUCCAUCUGCUGAAGGACAAAUUUGAUGUGUACAUCCAGAAUGCUGCGGCUGACGGUGCAGAAACCAAACUCGAAGUACGAGGCAAUGAUAUCUGGAAGUAUCGAACAAAUGUCUACUACGACGGCGCCUUAGUGAUGACGACCAAAAUCAAAGGAUACUAUCAAGUCUAUAUCCCAGUGAAACGGCCGGAGUGGGAUGUCCAAGUGGCACAAGGAUUCGAUCUAUGUCUGACUAAGACCAGGAGCAACGAAGUGGGUAUUUUGCUGAAACUUUCAUUUCAGGCCGCGAUUAUCACGGUCAUGCUGGCCGACGCUCUGUAUAGAAGCAGCCUUCAGUCCUCUCACACUCGAUCCGAGUCCAGCUCAUCAAGGCCAGAGUCAGAUCAGAAGUUGCCUGAAAAGUCUUAA